AUGGAUACUUCGCACUCCUCAGACCACGACGAUGUGUCGCAAUGCACACCUGAUGUACCGACUACUUCGAAAAUGCCGUCAACGACGAAUUCUGGGAUGUUCGAGCACAAUGAGUUACCAGAAGCAGGGGUUUCGGCUACCAAAGAAGCGGUCCUCGAAAAGACAGUGGAUGGAUCUCGUUAUGCAUCUCUAGGCUUGAAUCGUAUACCAGCUCACGACCUCAAACGCACAACGAUACCUAGGAGUUCCCUCGACAAGCAUUCCGAAGUACCGCACACGAUCUAUAAGCGCCAGUGGACGCAAGACGAAGAGGAUCUUACGGACCUCGAGGAGAUGAUGAUACCAAAAGACGCUCGGUUCAACCACCACAAUCGAUCUUCUCUACCUGUCCAGUGCUGGCGUCCCAUCAACAAGGUGAUGACGUCCAAAUUCACCACAGGCUAUCUGACCGAGUUUGGAUGGCAAUCAACCAAUAAUUUGUACUGGACAGCGAAAAAGGUUGAAGAGAGAAUCACCGGAGAUAGUGGUACUACAGGUCCCACCAAUGAAGAAUUAGGUGCUAUGAAGUUCAAAGUUGAAGAAGAACACACACAGGAAGCAGAGAACAACUAUGGCGACCAUGCAUCUAUCCCGUUUCUAGAUGCCAAGUAUUUCGAUCAUUAUGGAUACUUGAAUCAUUCUAUUGGAAGGACAAGUACUAAGGUAGCCUAUACAUCAUCUCACUCGCCAGACCACGCAGAGAAUGCAGAUAUUCGAGAACACCUAGAAGUGGAGGCUAAUGGGCUCCAUCGGAUGAACUCUCAUAUCACCCCCACUACAACCGAAGACAACACAGAUACAAGCGCAGACGAAACCAUACGCGAUGUGAUUGAUGACCUAGCGAAGGAUUCAACGGGUAAAUGGGAACUGCUCGAAGGCAACACAAACCCUCCACGAACCGGCUACACCUCGCCCCACAUGCUUGCUAUCCGUCUACGUAACGUCGAGACGCAAGAGGUUGAGAUAUCCCGUUUUGAAAAGAUUCCGCACGAAGAUAUUGAUUGGAGUAACAGGGCCCAUAUCCAAGAGAUUUCCAAUUGGCGCAGUCGGGUCUUCCACGGCCGUGGAUUUACAACUAAGAAGACUAACGUUCUAUAUACACCAGAAGAGGACGCCUGGCUUAUGCUUUUCUACGGGAAAACCAAAGCAGCAAUUGAAGCUGGUAACAUCGUCAGUAAUUUAGGCCCUGUUCCAGCCAUGGAAGCAUUCAACAGCUUCUUUGAAGGCAAGGUGCUGAAGGACGACGAUGGCAACGCUCUAUCGCCGCGAAAGGCACGGGAUGAGCAGUCCUUGAAGUACAAGAUCAACUAUAAGAAGUCUCCAAUCUGGAACUUGCGAGACGAGAUACGAAAACUGCUGAAAGGGAAGCGUGGAGGGGCCUUAUACGUGCCUGUCAUCACUGAAGAUGAGCUACGCCGCUAUCAACAAGACGGCAUUAUCAUAACUGAUGAUCCCCGCGAAGCCAGCAAGAAUGCAGCACUAGGGGUAGGAGGGAUCAAGGCAAGGCAUACCUCACCGAAGCGAAAACUCGAUGCGGAGGAUAUGAUCGAGGAGAACUCUAAGCGAGUGAAGCCGACGUCUCCCACGCAGACAAACGGAGGGGAGGACACUACUUCGUUUCUAGUCCCGACAGCAGACCUUUGA